AUGGCAGAAUCAUCACGGAGAAUGAAAAGUAAAGAAUCAAAGGCGACAAAGAAGACAAAGUUGAGAUAUAAUAAUCAGUUUGAAGGGGACGAUGAAGCUGAUGUUGCUGAUGUUGAAGACAUUCACCAGGAAGAGCUUGAGCAUGAACACCUUGAAGAUGAAAAUGGCUUGGAAGUGGGUGUCAAGUUCAGGGUGCACGAUCCUACCGUCAAGUGGAACCAAAUGAAGCCUACAGUUGGUGAGUUAUAUGAGUCUCCUGCUCAGUUAAGGAUCCAUGCUUCGUGGAAGUAUAAUGAACGUACUUUUCAGAUAAAAUCUAUGGUUGAAACACAUCUUUGUGCAAGGAAUUAUAAUUUUGAACAUUUGGUUAGUUGUAAUUGGUUAGCAAAACACUACAUUAAGGACAUAAUUAGGAAGCCCAAAAUGACACUACCUGAGAUGAUGGAGGAUGUCCUUACAAAAUAUUCAGUGAAAGUGUCAAAGGGGCAAUGUCAUAGAGCAAGGGUAAGGGCAAGGGAGAUGAUAGAAGGUAAACUGGAGGAACACUAUGCUAAGAUAUGGGAUUAUGCCAACGAAAUCCUUAGAUCUAACCCUGGAAGUACAUGCAAAGUAGGAGUUUCUGUAAAUCCAGAUGGGGUGAAUUAUUUUGAACGUUUUUAUGUAUGUUUUAAGGCAUUGAAAGAUGGAUGGAAUACAGGGUGCAGACGUGUGAUUGGCUUAGAUGGAUGUUUCCUAAAGGGACAAAUCAAAGGGGAGAUUUUGACUGCUAUUGGAAGAGAUGCUAACAACCACGUGUAUCCAAUUGCAUGGGCUGUAGUAAAUGUAGAGAACAAAGAAAAUUGGACUUGGUUUUUACAGUUGUUGGUUGAUGACUUGGGUGUUGAGGAUGGAAGGGGUCUAGUUGUUAUUUCAGAUCAACACAAGGGACUUCUAGAAUCUGUGAAAGCUAUCCUUCCACAUGUUGAACACAGGCAGUGUGCACGACACAUUUAUGCCAACUUCAGGAAGAGGCAUACAGCUAUCAUAGAGAAAAUGAAGGAGUUUGGAAAAGAGAUGAGGAACUGGAAAGUUAUAGCAACUGGGGGGUCUGUAUUUGAGACAAGAAAACCAGGAAGGCCAAGGAGGGGUGGAGAAGAAGAUAAACAAAAGGCAGUUAAGCUUGUAGUGAAAAGAAAGAAGAAGAUAAAGAAGGCUAGAGAAGGAUCCUCAAACCAGGAUGGCCAAGGUGGGGUUGAAACUGCAAACGAUGCAACUGUGCAAGAAGAAAAUGGAACUGUACAGGAAACUGUACAGGAAACUGCACCCAAAAUUGUGAAUGAUGGGAAUGCUAUUUCUGAUGAAAUUGAUGUAUUGUUGCAAAAAUGUGGUUAUGAACCUCAUGAGAUUGAACAGGCUAUAGAAAACUUGGAAAUGGGUGUAGAUGCUAAUGCAGACUUAGAAGAGGAUGUUAAUGAGAUUGAAGAUAACUUGCUUGAAGAAAACUUGGAAAUGGGUGUAGAUGUUAAUGAGAUUGUGCCACCAGUGCAAGAAGUUGCUAUACAAGGUUUAGAUGCUAAUGCUUGGGUUGGUGAAGAUGAUGGGAAUAUUGACUUCAUUGAAGAUACACAAGUUGUUGGGAGGCCUAGGAAAAGGAAGAUUUCUGAGAGAAUUGUGAAAAUCAAGCUGAAGAAAGCAGUUUAUGAUAAGGAUGGAAGGGGUUCUAGUAUUAAGAAACCAGUUAAUUUGGAGUAG